AUGGCUCGCCAAUUCCCGUCUCUCUCCCCUGCUCAGAAGAAGGAGCUCUCUGAAAUCGCCCAGAAGAUUGUGUUCCCGGGGAAGGGAAUCCUAGCAGCAGAUGAGUCGACCGGCACUAUGGGAAAGCGUCUCCAGAAUAUCAACGUGGAAAACACCGAGGAAAACCGUCGAUGCUUCCGCGACCUCCUCUUUACAUCUGCCGACCCGGUCCCUGACUCAAUCGGAGGGGUCAUUCUGUUCCACGAGACGCUUUACCAGAAGUCAGACAGCGGGAAGCCCUUCCCCCAAGUCAUCAAAGAAAGGGGCAUUGUUGUAGGCAUCAAGGUGGACAAGGGCACAGCUGCUUUAAACGGAACGGAUGGCGAGACAACCACGCAAGGUCUCGACGGCCUCUCGGAGCGCUGCGCCCAGUACAAGAAGGACGGCUGCGACUUUGCCAAGUGGAGGUGUGUGCUGAAGAUCUCUGACAGCUGCCCCACACCUCUUGCCAUCGCUGAGAAUGCCAACGUACUGGCCAGAUAUGCUAGCAUCUGCCAACAGAAUGGACUGGUGCCUAUUGUGGAACCAGAGAUUCUUCCUGAUGGUGCCCAUGACUUGCAGCGAUGCCAGUAUGUCACAGAAAAGGUUCUGGCUGCCGUGUACAAGGCGCUGUCUGAUCACCACGUGUACCUGGAGGGAACGCUGCUGAAGCCCAACAUGGUUACCGCCGGACACUCCUGCACCCAGAAGUUCACGCCUCAGGAGGUCGCCAUGGCUACCGUGACGGCUCUGAGGCGCACUGUGCCAGCCGCGGUGCCGGGUAUUUGCUUCCUCUCCGGGGGCCAGAGCGAGGAGGAAGCCUCACUCAACUUGAACGCAAUCAACCAGGUGCCGCUGCAUCGCCCCUGGAAGCUCACUUUCUCGUACGGCCGUGCGCUGCAGGCGUCCACCCUCGCAGCCUGGCAAGGCAAAGCUGCCAACAAGGCUGCCGCACAGGAAGUUUUCUGCAAAAGGGCUAAGAUCAAUGGCCAGGCUGCUAAAGGGGAGUACAAGGCCACAGGCUCAGCCGACCAGGCCUCCAUGCAGUCUCUGCACACCAGCAACUACGUCUAUUAA